AGCACGUACCUCCUCAUAUAACCAGUUUGUUUAGUCUUCAGGCGCCCCUUUGCUCCCGCCCCCCGGGGCACCGCCCCUGUGCGCGGACCCGCGAGCGGGUUGCCAUGGAGACCCCGUCAUCGCCGAGGCAGCGAGCCGUCCCAGGUGUUGCUGCUGCUGCUGCUUUACGCCCCGGAAUUAGUGUGGUGGGACCGGCGUGCUCGUCCUGGAGAAUUACCGCCAUCCAUACUCCGUGGUAACAACAAAGAGGCUGGCGUUGGAGUCAGGUUUCUUUGAGCUCUUAGCAACCGAAAGGCCAUACAGGACAUAUAGAGGCCAGACCAUACGGGCAUACAACAUGUGGCACCCAACGCAACGGACGCUGUUAUGCGCUGUCACAGCAUUCUUGUAUACAGGGAUGGCGGUGGCGAUGCAGAUUACUUCCACGGGCCCCCAGACAAUCCAGAAAGCCCUGGGGGAGACGGUCACUCUGGGCUGCACCUAUUCGCCUGCGGUCUCCGACAUAGGGGAGCUGGACAUCGAGUGGUCCAUCAUUAGCCCCGACAUGACGCAGAAGGACCAGCUGGUGCUGUCAUUCACAGGCGGGCAGGUGUUCGGAUACGGGGCCUCCGGUGGGAUUCAGAGGAUGAACUUCAGCUCCCCGAACCCGGCCAAUGGCGACGCCUCAGUCACCAUCACGAACCUGAAUCCCACAGACACGGACACCUACCAGUGUAAAGUGAAGAAGGCUCCGGGUGUGGACACGCGCAAGCAGACGCUGGUGGUGCUGGUGCCCCCAUCGAUGCCAAAGUGCUGGGUGAAUGGCGCCGAGGAUAUCGGAUCUCCUGUGUCGCUCCGCUGCACGUCCUCGCAGGGCUCCAUGCCGCUCACCUACCAGUGGACGAGAGACGACGGGGGCACCCUCCCCAGCAUAGCCACCCAGAACCCCGGGACAGGAGAGCUGCUGAUUCGGAACCAUUCGGAGAGCUUCACCGGGAGCUACGUGUGUGACGUGAAGAACAACGUGGGUCAGGGGCAGUGCAGAUACAGCCUGCGAGCUUACCAGCCUACCAAUAAAGCUGCAAUGAUAGUGGGCGCUGUGAUUGGCGCUCUGCUUCUGUUCCUCCUCCUCCUCCUGCUCAUCUGGCUUCUGAUUUGCUGCUGCAAUAAGCGACGCUACGAGAAAGAAGUGGCUAAUGAGAUCAGGGAGGAUGCCGCAGCCCCCGCCAGCCGCCCUGCCAGCCGCCCCUCAAGCCGAAACUCCAGUUUCCGCUCCGUCAUGGGUUACCGCUCGCACCCGGGGGUGAUCUACAGUUCUGUGAAGAUGGGGCCCGAGCACGGCCGUGGUCACCACACGCCCCUGCCCAGUGGACACCACACGCCCCUGCCCAGUGGCCACGGGCUGCACUACGACAGUCAGUUCGGGUACCCGGUGUGACCAGGUGUGUCAUGUGACCAGGCAGAGCAGGGGGCGGGGCACUGAGGUUACCCACAAGACCGUGACCCUUCCCACCCUGGGCAUGACCUCAGCAAAGCACUCUUACUCUGAAGCUCCUAGGAUGCCACCUACCUGCAAAGUCAAGGACACAAAUGGACUAACUUUUUUUUAAAGGUGAACUGGUUCGUCUCUGUACUGUGUGAUAGAGGGACAUCUUUCGAAGAACAUAUUUUUUUAACCUUGUAUAUAUUAUUACUGGCUGUAUAUAUGUAAACUUGUACUGAUGUAGCAGUUUGUUUUUAUAUUUGCUACUGUGGAGAAUCGACUUGAAAUGAUCACAUGACAAAUAACGCUGAAUGUCUAUUUUAUUCACCAAAUUCACGAGAAGUUACUUUCCAAAAUUGUGAAUGUAAGGGUGGUAUGUGGUACUGCGUAGGACCUGUAAGGGUGGUAUGUGGUACUGCGUAGGACCUGUAAGGGUGGUAUGUGGUACUGCGUAGGACCUGUGAGAAAUAGGGUGACCACCUGAUCCAUGUCAGGGAGGAGACUAUGAGCUAGAACAGGGUUCGCAAACUACCAUCACAAUUAAAAAAACCUGGAUUCUGGAGUUCUUGCUGUGUGCUGAUUGGUCAGUCUCCUGUUAUCACACAUGUGUCAGUAAUGUUAAUGUGAAACAGCUGAAUGAGUCUUUCAAUCAAGGAAAGAAACCAGUCGAAACCCAAGAAGAGAUGGACUAUUUAGCCAAGCACAGGAGCCUUUCAGUUUUGAAGUAGGUUGUAAAACGUGAAUUAGUUCAUAUUACUAUGUGGAUUAGGUGGUCACCCUAGCGAGCAGGUGUUCAGCACUGAUGGUAUUUAUGCUCUGUUACUGCACAUGAUAAAAUGAUCACUGUGUAACAACCAUUCCUGUGUACUAAUUACAGAAAUUUCUGAAAUCCCUGCCACUGCCAGGCAUAUACAGCCUUUUUAUCCAGUACAUAACAAUAAAAUGUAACGCAAAGGCA